ACAACGAAGGUCGACCACGGACCGCAAGUGGACCCCUUCUUACUGCAUCGAGGAGCAACCCAUCGAGCGCCACACUGGAAAAAAAAGUUUAUGUGGCUUGUGAUUCAGAUUGCGAGUCGGCCGAGUGCGUAUGGCAAUCUGGUGUGCGAGUGGAAAUAACCUGUCAAGCACGUCAAGUGUAUGGAUGGUUGAUAUUCGAGACGACAUAGAUAGGCAAGGAACAGGCAUAGUUAAUAACCGGGAAGAGACCGCACGGCGCGGAUGCUUGAAGAAAAUGAAUAGUGGGGAUACGUUCUACCGAAUUGUCCGGACUUUUAUUCAUUAUCACCACGGAGGAUCAACAACAUAA